AUCUACGUCACCGACUUCCAAAUCAGCGUGUGACGUCACCCCAAGCACUGUAUAAAGAGCUCGCAGGUACGUCCAGUUUGCAUCUCAACUCUCGACAUCACAUCCAAAGCGAGGCUGAAGCGAGUGAAGUGACUAUCACAUCAAUAGAAAAUGAAGCUGUCCGUCGCAGUCGCUCUAGUUGUGUUGGCUCUUGCCGUGCUGGUCGAAAGUGCCCCCCAGGAUGCCACCCUGACCGAGCGUUUCAAUAAUUUCCAGACCAAGGUGGAGACUCUGACUCAGGACCUGACUGAGAAGACCAAGGCAGCCGUGGAAGAAUUGCACAACAGCGAGUUCAGCGUGAACACCAGGAACUGGUUCAAAGAUACCUUUGAGACCCUGAAGAAGCAGAUGGAUGAAGCUUUCGCUAACAUUAAGCCCCAGUAAAGAACCUGUUUUCUCCUCCCAGUCUGGCCCCUCUGAAGCAGAUGAAUUGAUCAUUCCUCUACACUGCUUCCCUUUUCUGUCAACACGUCUCAUUCAUUGCUUUGUUCUGUUUUAAGUUUGUUUUUAACGCAGAAAUAAACUCCUGUCUUCUACUUGAAAAUAAUACUAUUAAUAAAAGACGUUUGUUUUCAA